GUUUCAUCUUCGAUUUUGUAGCAGUAACUGGUUGACCCUUUUAACUGUCACCGAUAACUCAACAAUGCCCUAAUGUGUUGGAAUUGGUCUCAGGCUUCCUCACCGGCUACCACAUUUGGCGGGUGUUUAUUCUUGUUCUUCAUCUUAUUCGAUCACUAGUGCAGUUGCGUCUGUUCCUAAUCUAGCAAAAGUUGUGAGCAAGUGGAGCAGUGGAGGUAGAGCACCGAGGCGUUUGGUAUUGGGCCUUGGAGCUUCACUUUGGGCUCAGUUGAUGAACAUGUCUGGUGCUGUUGGCGGCAAAGCUUUCACUGCCUCUGCUAGGCUGAAGAGUGGUCCUUCCUUUGAAGAGAUAUUGAAAAAUGUGGAGUGGCCGGAGCAAAUUCCUUACAAGCCUGAGGAUUUCCAGCGCUAUGAUGAGUCACCAGAUACAUUGUUUUAUGAGAGUCCGCGCUUUGUGACACAUAUUGAUGAUCCAGCCAUUGCAGCACUGACCAAGUACUAUUCUAAGGUGUUUCCACCUAGCAACACUCCAGGAGUAACCAUGCUGGACAUGUGUAGCAGCUGGGUCAGUCACUUUCCUCCAGGAUACAAGCAAGAGAGAGUAGUUGGAAUGGGAAUGAAUGAAGCAGAGCUAAAGGCGAAUCCGGUUUUGACAGAGUAUGUUCUUCAAGACUUGAAUGUCGACCCUAAACUUCCCUUUGAAGAUAAUUCCUUCGAUGUGAUAACUAAUGUGGUUAGUGUUGAUUAUAUAAACAAGCCUAUUGAAGUUUUUAAGGAAAUGUGCCGGAUUCUUAAGCCAGGGGGACUUGCUAUAAUGAGCUUUUCCAACCGUUGUUUCUGGACUAAAGCAAUCUCAAUCUGGACAUCAACUGGUGAUGCUGAUCACGGUCUGAUUGUUGGGUCAUAUUUCCACUAUGCCGGAGGAUAUGAACCUCCUCAGGGGGUGGAUAUUUCUCCAAACCCUGGACGCUCAGACCCCAUGUACAUUGUAUACUCUAGAAAGUUGUCUGCGUGAUAAACCAAAUGUGAGUGACUACCUUUUCAUCCAAUCGAUCAGUUGUCUAAUUUUCUAUAGAAACUGUCACAGUAUUAAAUAUUGUAAUCUUAGGUAGUGAUUCCUCCCGGAACAGAAAAGGUUCGGUCGAUGUUACCAAACUGCUCUUAUUUCUGGUCUCCAGCUAUAACUUCUGAAAUUGGCCAACAGGGGCAGUGUAACAGUGGUUUUUUUUAAAGGAAGAUAUUAGUUAUACAGUUAUAGUGCAGAUGUUGAAAGCCAUUGUAUUACUGCGAGAACCAUUUGUAUAAUGUAUUGGCUAUGUGUUAAAUAGGAAAGGGUCGAUC